UCACACUGGCUGGUACACGUCGAAAACAAACACAGACUACGUUUUAUACUUAAAACCAUAAUCAACCGCAAUGCAAUAAGUCGCCGUGCGCCGGACAGCCUAGCAGACCCGCAGACCAGGCCACUAGCUAGCUAGCUACGAGGCCCCGCACUUGCCACCGCUUCGAUUUGCGGCCGAAUCCGCAACGGGGGACUUGAGUGCGCCGCCACGAGAGCAAGGCAAGGGCCGUGAUUCCGUGUUUCCCACGGACAAAACCCAGAAUUAUGCUAGGCAGCAAGCGAACGGGAUCGCGGCACGUAGCCGUCGUGCUGCUGAUGUGCCUGUUCUGGUAUGUGAUCUCCUCCAGCAACAAUGUGAUCGGCAAGAUGGUACUGAACGAGUUCCCCUUCCCGAUGACCGUGACGCUGGUGCAGCUGUGCAGCAUAACGCUCUACAGUGGCCCCUUCUUCAAUCUGUGGCGCAUCCGGAAGUACCAGGAUAUACCGCGUUCCUACUACUACCGGCUGAUUGUGCCCCUGGCGGUGGGCAAGCUGCUGGCCUCGGUCACCUCGCACAUUUCGCUGUGGAAGGUUCCCGUUUCCUAUGCGCACACAGUUAAAGCCACAAUGCCGCUAUUCACCGUCGUCCUUACACGCCUCUUCUUUGGCGAAAAACAGCCAACGCUCGUGUACCUGAGCCUGCUGCCCAUCAUAACGGGCGUGGGCAUUGCCACUGUCACGGAGAUCUCCUUCGAUAUGAUGGGCCUGAUCAGUGCCCUCAUCUCCACGAUGGGCUUCUCCAUGCAAAACAUUUUCUCCAAGAAGGUUCUUAAGGACACCAAUAUCCAUCACUUGCGGCUACUGCAUCUUCUCGGCAAGCUAUCGCUGUUCAUCUUCCUGCCCCUGUGGCUGUACACAGACAGCUUUGCGGUCUUCCGCCACAAUGCCAUUAAAAACCUGGACUAUCGAGUGAUUGCUCUGCUCUUUGCCGACGGCGUUCUCAAUUGGCUGCAGAACAUCAUCGCCUUCAGUGUCCUCUCGCUGGUCACACCGCUCACGUACGCGGUGGCCAGCGCCUCGAAGCGCAUCUUCGUCAUAGCCGUAUCUCUGCUUAUUCUGGGCAAUCCCGUGACGUGGGUCAACUGCCUGGGCAUGACGCUGGCUAUUGUCGGUGUCCUGUGCUACAAUCGGGCCAAGCAAAUAACCAAGGGACGUGAGGCACCCACGUUGCCGCUGUCGCAGAGCUCGCACAUCAAGUACCAGCCGCUGGAGCAGCAAACGGAUCCCUAUUACCGGGGCUCUGUCAAUGGCAAGCUAUCCAAUGGCCUGCACCGGGCGACAGCGACGACAAUGAUGCCGGGGAAUAGCCUGCUGGCAAAUGGCAGUGGAAUGCCAAGCGGUACGGCUGCCACGCGGCUGCUGUUUGUGUAGUUUAUAGUUUAGUGAAUGACGUAUAUCCCGACUCUCUGUCCCCCCCUCUCUCUCUC